UAACGUAGUAGAUAAUCUGAUGUUUUCAAACUUAAUAUCAUUUUUUGAUUGUUUUAUUGGAAAUGCCGCGGAGAAAAACAGAAGUGAGCGAGGCGAGAUCAGCAUCGCCUGAUCCAAUCUUCGAGGUGAUUCCCUUCGAAUGUGCUGAAAUCAAAACCGAACCUUUGGAAGAUGAUCCAACUCUGAACAUUGGUCAAACAUACCUGGAAGCUGAGUCAAUUAAUGUUGCCGUCCAAACAACGAAGCGAAAAACGAUAAGCCGUGGUGUUCAGGUUGAGUUACAACAUGUUUCGAAUGAGGCACAGUUGAGCUACGGUACGUCCGGUGCAGUGGACGAAGCAUUGAGUCUAGAUUUGUCUUUGGGCGCUCUUGAGAAGCAAUGUCGUAUAUGUUUGCGGCGAUUACCGGAAUCCAGCCUGACUUACAUUUUAUUCGCUCAGAAAACAAAAAUCUUGAAUGCUUUGGGUGUUAAGAUCUACUUGGGAGACGCGUUUCCGUUUAUCUGCCGGAAUUGUACGUCACUGGUGGAUUUGAUGUAUGAAUUUCGGAACACCUGCCAGAAGGCGCGAAAUAUGUUGGUACACGAACGAAAAUCAGUUUCCGGCGACGGCUGGGACACCGCAGAGAACUUUGAGGUCAUUGAGCGUUGUAAAAUGCUAAUCGAAUCACACAAACAGCUGAUAGAUGCUGCAUACGAAGAGGACUCCUCACUGAGCGUUUCUCAAACUGAGACCGAACUGAAAGUGCUACCGGAAACUAUUGAGCUUGUUUUGGUAGAUAAAAUAGCACCCGAAGACUCGGCAGGUCGAAAAUUAGCUAUUUCUUGUGAAGAAGGUUCUCGAAACUGUUCAAAUGUUAGAAAUGAUCUAAAAAACGAGCACACUUACGAUUCUUCAGCUCAAGAACAAACUGAUGGCGACGACACUGAUCACCAGGACGGUGACUUUCAGAUCGAUUCGGAAGCGGAUGAUUGUGCUGCUAGUCCAGAGCUUCUGACGAAAAUGGACAAAAAGAAACGAACCAGAAUCGUUACCAAACCGUACCGCAGGCGGCAAAAGUCUCCCAAAGUACGCUCGUACGAUGAACUGGCGCUACAGGAUGCUGACGGACAGAACGUUAAGAAAAGGCGCAAAAACGCGGCCGAUCCUUUCCGCCGGCGAGGGGCGCUGUGCGACUUCUGCGGCGACUGGGUAGAAUAUCACACUGUCGAGAGCCACAAAAAUCAGCAUUUAGGAAUCAAACCGUAUACCUGUCAAAGCGAGGGAUGUCGCUUAUCAUUUUACUGUCGUAAUCUGUUGAUAAAACAUACCAAACGACAGCAUAGGGCAGAAGGUCCGGAGUACAACGAUUGUGAAAUUUGCGGUCAACGGAUAAAAGGACCAAAGGCGGCACUUAAGAAGCAUCAGAAAACACACACCGAAGAGAAAAAUUACAUUUGUGCUGUGUGCGGGAAAGGCUUCACCACUCCGGGAUAUUUGCGGCAGCAUUCGAACAUCCACACCGAUGCAAUGCCGUACGAAUGUAGCGUUUGUCACCGCCGAUUCAAUAACAAGUACAACAUGCUCACCCACGAAAAGAAGCACACGCUGCGAGGGGAAAUAUCUGCUUCCAAUCCUAGUACCGAUUCCGACGUAGCAAAUGCCGCACCGUGUCUUAGUGAACAUUCUCAGCUUCCAAGUUUUCAUCCCAUCCAUCCGGUUCCGCAUGCGUUGCUCCAUCCGCACUGAAUGCAAGGCUUGGGUACGUUUUAAUUUGCGAAAA